AUGGCCGAAGCACUUCUUUCUGCUGUCUUCAAUGUGCUUUUGGAGAGGUUAACACCUGACCUAGCUGACUUGAUCAACUUGAUUUGUGGAAAGAAGCUCGACAACAAGCUGCUUCAGCGUUUGAAGCCAUCCUUGAUUGCUGCAAGAGCCGUGCUCAAUGAUGCCGAACUCAAACAAUUCACCGAUCCUAACGUCAAAGAUUGGCUUGAUGAGCUCAAAGACGCUGCUUAUGACCUGGACGACUUUAUGGAUGAGAUUUCCACACGAGCUGCCACUCAGAAAAAGGUACCGUGUUUCUCCUUUUCUUCUCUUAGUUUGGGUGAUACGAACCUGGGAAAUGAUUUAGAAGAUAUGAUUGAUAGAAUUGAACAUAUUGUGGCACUGAAAGAUGUCCUUGCUUUGAAGAAGACAAGUGGCAAAGAAACUUUGUCAUGGAGGCCUCCAGUUAUGUCUCAUGUGAAUGUCCCUCGUGUUUAUGGAAGAGAGAAAGAAAAACAAGAUCUAAUUAAGCUUAUGUUCAAUAAUGAUGACGGUUACGAGUUGUCUGUAAUCCCUGUCGUGGGCAUGGGCGGGGUUGGGAAGACCACCUUAGUCCGGCUAGUUUUUAAUGAUAAUGAUGUGAAGCAAAAAUUUGAUAUUACUGCGUGGGUUUGCGUUUCUGAAGCAUUUGAUCAUUUGAAAAUAGUAGAGACUAUAAUAAAAUAUAUCGAUCCUGAUUUUGUCUGUGAUAAUAUGGAUGUAAGUCUUCUUCAACAUCGUUUGGCUGAGAAGUUGGAAGGAAAAAGGUUUUUAAUUGUUCUUGACGAUGUCUGGAAUGACAAAGUCACUGACUGGGAUACUGUGAAGUAUUUGGUCUGGAAUAAAGUGGAAGGAUGCAAAAUUCUUGUUACAACUCGCGAUGCGAGUGUUGCUUCGGUAGCUAAAAGUGUUGCUUCGGUAGCUAAAAGUGAUGCUGUGGUUGCUAAAACUAUCUCAUCAUUUUAUUGUCUAAAUGUCUUGUCUGAUGAAGAUUGUUUGUCAAUUUUUGCUGCACACGCUUUCCAUUCUAGAGAUUCAACUCUGAACUCACGCUUAGAAAAGAUUGGGAGCGACAUUGCUGGCAAGUGUAAAGGAUUGCCUUUAGCUGCAAAAGUACUUGGGGGGCUUUUUCGAUCCAAGCCUGACUUUGAAGACUGGAAUAAUGUAUUAAACGAUUCCAUGUGGGAUUCAUCAGACAACGAGAUCAUCCCAGCCUUAAGAGUCAGUUAUUAUUAUCUCCCUCCCCAUUUAAAACAAUGCUUUGCUUUUUGUUCUUUGUUCCCAAAGGAUUAUCAAUUUCGUAAGGAGCAAUUAAUCUUGAUGUGGAUGGCAGAAGGUUUUUUGCACCCUCCAAAGAGGAACAUGACUUUAGAAAAAGCUGGUUCUAUGGACUUUGAUGAUUUAACUUCGAGAUCAUUCUUUCAACCCAUACCAAAUGAUGAUGAGUGCUUUUGGUUGAAAGGAAGAGAUGAGCGGUUUGUCAUGCAUGAUCUCAUUCAUGACUUAGCGACUCAUGUUGCUGGAGACUUCUACUUUCAAUUGGAGAAGAAUGGAAGUAAAAUUGACAAAAAGACACGCCAUUUGUCAUGCAACUAUCAAAAUCAUGCAUGCUUAGACCAUGAAUUUUUCAAAAAAAUAAAAUCCUUACGAACAUUUAUAGGAUUGGGAUAUUACCGUAUCUCUCCAUUUGUUGGAAAUGUUUCUCAUAUUCUAUUAUCAAAUAUGAAGUGCUUGCGAAUGUUGUCACUUCGAGGUCUGCGUGCAUUAAGGGUGGUUCCCGAGUCUAUUGGGGAACUCAUCCAUUUGCGCUAUUUGGAUCUAUCAGACACAAGUAUUGAAAGCUUGCCUGGAUCAAUAUGUAAGAUGUAUAACUUACAGACGUUGAAGUUGCGUUCUUGCAUGUCUCUUGAGAUGCUCCCAAAUGAGAUUCAAGAUCUUGCAAAUCUUCGCCAUUUGGAUCUAUCCUGGUCGGUAAAGAUUGCAAGUUUGCCUAAAUCAUUGUGCAAAUUAUACAAUCUACAAACAUUAAAGUUAGAACAUUGUCAUAGUCUGCAGAUGCUGCCAAGUGAUACACAAGAUCUUGUAAACUUGUGGCGUCUUGAUGUUAAAGACGCUAGCUUGAAAGAAAUGCCGAGGGGAUUGGGCAAGUUAAAAAAUUUGCAAUUUUUGAGUGACUUUGUUGUUGGAAAAGAGCAAGGGAUCGAGAUUGGAGAAUUGGGAGAAAUGCCAAAUUUAAAGGGUUGGAUUACGAUAAAAAAAUUAGAGAAUGUCAAGGAUGGAAAUGAAGCCUUUGAAGCGAGAAUGAUGGAGAAGGAGCACAUUAAGGAUCUAACAUUAUCAUGGUCAGGGGAUGCCGAUGUGGAAGAUGUAACACAGAGAGAUAUUUUGGACAAGCUUCAACCUUAUUGGGAUUUAGAAGGAUUGGAAAUAUGGAGCUAUAGGGGCACAACAUUUCCGGAUUGGUUGGGGAGUCCUGGCUACCACUACAUGACUUGGUUGCAGCUGGUUAAUUGCGAAAACUGUUGUAUGCUUCCCCCUCUUGGGCAGCUCCCGGCUCUAAAGACAUUAUAUAUGAGAGGAUUAAAAAGGAUUGAGAAGAUUGGUGAAGAGUUGUUGAAGGCCAGUGAACGUGCUCCCAUGAUUCCAUUUCCAGCUCUUGAAUGUCUUGGGUUUUCAUUCAUGACUUCGUGGAAAGAAUGGCAUUCCAUUGACGUGGAAGCUUUCCCUGAACUCCGAUGUCUCAAAAUAUGGUCUUGCCCUAAAUUAGUUGGAAAUUUACCUAGCCAGUUGCUUUCUCUAAAAACCUUGAGGAUGGAAUAUUGUCCAUUGCUGGCUUCUUCUAUUCCGAGGUGUCCUGAAAUUCAGGAUUUAGUGAUAGUUGGAUGCAGAAGUGUGGGGUGGCAAGAGCAAGAGUUACCUCGUUCCCUUAGGAGGCUAGGAAUUACAGGAUGUCGGAUGUUGGAAUCAAUGUUGGAGGCACUCUCUAAACAUCUGCAUCUUCAAGAAUUAAGUAUCUCGGAGUGCUCCAAUACAUCACAUCAAAUGAUUCAUUUGCCCCCAUCACUACAACAGUUAGAGAUAAGUGAUUGUCAGAAUGUCGAUUUUGUGUUGAGUUCAACUGCUCCUCUACAAAAUCUCCAAUCUCUAACUAUUGGGCAAGGUUGUAAUUUUGUGAAGUUUAUGUCGGAUGACAUGGAAGAUCUUCUCCCAAAUUUAAAAGAUCUAUGGAUAAGUAGUUGUGAAGAGAUGGAAGCAUUUCCAGAAGGGAUCCUUGUGCCAAGUUUGAGGGAACUUCAUAUUGAAGUGUGUCACAAGCUAUUAUCCCACCAAGCAGAGUGGCGCCUCCUAACUAAUAUUACUCUCCUUUAUAUUCUUGGUUCAGAUGUCAAGUGUUUCCCGGAGGGCUUUUCUCUUCCUGCCACUCUCACCACUCUAGAGCUCUACUACUUUGACGACUUGGAGACGUUGGAUUGCACAGGACUUGAGCACCUAACCUCUCUCCAACAACUCUACAUCAUGUAUUGUGACAAGCUGGAGAAAUUGUCAGGAAAAAAUCUGCCGCCUUCUAUAAGAGAGCUUUGCAUUGAGGAUUGUCCAUUGUUGGAAGAACAAUACCGCAAGAAGGAUGAAGGUCUCAUGCGCCGCAUAUCCCACAUCCAACGCAUCCAAUUUUUUUGAUUUAUAAAUUCCUGAUAUGAGAUACAAUUAUCCACAAGAGGUGCUCCACAUUAUUCAAUCAUAUUGAAGGUAGUGUCCAACAGAUGCGAGCUAGUUCUGAUUCAUAAAAGCAACACAUUCACAAUGCUUAAUGUUGUAAUUAAGAUCCUUCAUAUAUUCCUAAUGAGCACCAGCCAAAAUUAUAGAAAGGGAUUUGCAGACUUGAAUCUAUUCCAAGAAGAAAAGCUCAUUGAAAUCUGAUCUGGUCCAUAUCUUCUUCUUCAUUAAUUUUCUGAUUUUCUUGAAGUGUUCUUCUCGAUACUUGAGCAUUUUGUUAUCUUUUUUAAUGAUGUUUCAAGACCUGCAAAUUGUGUAUUGUAUUAUGAUCACUCAUUAAAUUCCCAGGCUUCAUUCAUGCUUGGGGAGAGGAGAGGAUGUAGGAUUCAAUUUUUGAAUCCGAACUUCUAUAUAUCAUGGUGUCAUCAUGUAAUCUUUUUUUUUUUUUUGUUUAAAUUCCAAAUCAUCACAGGAUUAUUGAUA